AGAUAUAUAAAUCAGUUUAUCUCUUAGGAAUAUUAGCACUGUUUGAACGGCUUGUCAAAAUUAUAAGUUGUAUAAUAGUUGUGAACAGAAGAGGAUCAGUUGAAAAAACAUUAAAAUGUUCGUUGAUCUUAAGAAAUUACUGAAGACUUGCAGUAUGAUUCCCGCGGGUGAAGUUAUUCGUCGCCACAAGAGAUUUAAGUGCGGGAAAGCAAGUUACGUGGUUCACUACGAGCUGCAAAAUGGGGAGCUGCACAUCUCUCACAUGAGGAAAAUUCGACGAACUCCCACUUUGAGAAGCCAAUUGCAAAAGCGUCUACUUUGUGUGAAGCGAAGGUUGAGUAGUGGGAAAGGACUUGGACCUAAACCAUCAGUAACCUGCGAGGAUAAAACUACUCAGACCUUCCUGAACAAAGACGUUACCUCAAAAAUAGAGAUGAAGUUGGAGAGCACCGCAAGUCAAACGGAGGAACAGGAAUUUAUUGAUUUCAAACCACAAGUGAAAUGUGUGGAUGGUUUCACUCAAGCCACGCUGUUCAAUAAGGGUUCCACUGUGAUGGUGGAAAAUUCCUCCAGUCAAACGCCUCAUCUGGAGUGGAGCAGCUGCCAGGUGGACACUUCCGAUUUAUUAGAAACCAUUCCCAAGGAUCAGUUGAUUUACAAACCCAUCCAGCAAACUUCAACGAUAGCAGUGGGAACAGAAGUAAAACUAAAAAACACAUCCAGUCAAACCAAACACCAGGAAUGGAUCAGCACCCAGGUGGACACCUCCGACUUGAUCCUGACCCAUUCCCGGGAUCAGCAGACAUUGAAUCCUGGCCAGCAAUCGUUGAGCAGCCAGACAGAACAGCAGAUCUUCAAAAAUUGCUCCACUCAAGCGGAGGUUAAUGCCAAAUGUAGAGCCACACAGACCAAACUCGUUAGGAACUGUCUGGGCACCCAAACGGGUGUUUACUGUAGCAGUGCGGUGGUUCAAACCGAUACAGACUGUCAGCACUCGAACACUCAGACUUGCGACGACGAGGAGGAGCUCAUCAAGCCCCAUCUCAAUGCUUUGUAUCUCAUCUACGAUUCCAUCAAGAACCAGAGCGAACUCAUUCACAACGAAGUUCUGGAUGCUGUUAACCAACUGACUGAUUUGACUCUUCUCUCGGUAAAGAACAAGUGCCUGAAGGAGGAUUUGCCCCGAGAGGCGACAUUGGAACCACUGACUCCUUGCGCAGAAAACCAAUUCGGGGAUAACUUGCCGAAGGAAAAACUCUUAUCCGAAGCGGAGCUCAAGAAAGUUCUAUUGAAGUACGGGACUAAUAGAGUCAGCAAAUGCAAGAGGCUUCUGGCCGGUCCCUCGUGGAACUGUACGCUGAAGUGCAAGCGCUGUGGUCUCCACAUGCACCGCAGCAGGAACCUAUUGGCCAGCGGAAACCAAGGAACCCAGACCGAAGAGGAGGAAGCGAAGGAUACGGUGGCCAGGGAAGAGGUGGCCACGCAGACGGUGAAGGAUCGGGUCCGCUGGACUCUGAAACGCAGCUAAGGAGCCCCAAUCGCCCCAGACCUUCGAACUUACCCCAGCAGCCAGGCUGCCGUUCUCAUCCAAGUGGCACUCAUAUUAAAGAACUUUUGUUUUGUGGUUGGCACUUAUUGGAUGUGAUUUAAAGUAAAUGUAACCGAAUCAAA